CGCCCACUCCGUAGUUGGCCGCUGGGUUAUCCUCGGUCUUCGAGUAGUUCUCACAGUUCCGCGCUUAGUUCCUGAGCGUCAGCCUCAGGAUCGGCAACGUGCGCCCGGCGUUCUAUCUAUCUUCUGAGACUUUGCCCUUCUCCAGGGAGAGCAUUCAGGAGACCAGGAAAAUGGCCACGGGGCUCCUGAAAGCCAAAAAAGAGGCAUUCGUGGCAUUCAGGGAUGUGGCUGUGAACUUUAGCCAGGAGGAGUGGCGGUUGCUGAGCCCAGCUCAGAGGACCCUGCACCGGGAAGUGAUGCUGGAGACCUACAGCCACCUUGUCUCACUAGACGUUCCAUUUUCCAAACCAAAACUCAUUUCUCAGCUGGAGCAAGGGGAAGAGCCCUGGAAAGAGGAGAGACAACAUCCACUGGGCCUCUGUCCAGCAGAAUCAAAGCAAAACAUUCCACCUUGUCCCCAUUGCCCACUGGCAUUCGCUAGUCAGCAAGGCCUCAGCCAGCACAUGUGGUUCAGUCACUUUCCUCAGCUCUUCUCAAGUUUAUGUGCAGGGAGUCAUCUCCCUCCAGGGAAACACUAUCCAGAAGAUCAAAAACAGCAGCAGAACCAACUCUUUGGUGAAACCUGCUGGAGUGACAAAGCAGAAAUUCAAGAGACAGAAGACUCCAAGCCCUUGUCCAAGAGCAAGGGUGGCACUUCAAAGGUGUUGUCCUGCCCACUGCAAGGACAGCCAGUAAGGGCGGAGCAAGACAGGGCAGUGACGGCCACAGGGCCCAGCCGAGACCGGAGGACAGACCUUGGGGAAACAGACAAAGUGUUGCAUGGUGUAAAAGUCUCAGGAUUUGGAGCAAUCAAAUACGGGGAGUUGGGGCUAGGCCUCAUGAAGGAGUCAAACCUGCUCAGCCUCCAGAAGAUACACGCAGGGGAGACACCAUACGUGUUCACCGAGUGGGGCCAGGGCUUUGGCAAUAUGUCAAUCCUCAUCAAAAACCAGAGGACGCCCUCUAGGGACAAGCCUCAUGUGUGCAAGGAGUGUGGACGAGGCUUUACCUGGAAGUCAAACCUCAUCACACACCAGAGGACACACUCAGGGGAGAAACCUUACGUGUGCAAAGAGUGUGGACGAGGCUUUACUUGGAAGUCAAACCUCUUCACACACCAGAGGACACAUUCAGGGGUCAAGCCGUACAUGUGCAAGGAAUGUGGGCAGAGCUUUAGUCUGAAGUCAAACCUUAUCACGCACCAGAGGGCACACUCUGGGGAGAAGCCUUAUGUGUGCAGGGAGUGUGGGCAUGGCUUUCGCCAGCAUUCACAUCUCAUCAGGCAUAAGAGGACACAUUCGGGAGAGAAGCCUUAUUUGUGCAGGGAGUGUGAGCGUGGCUUUCGUCAGAAGUCACACCUCAUUAGACACUUACGGAUACACACAGGAGAGAAGCCUUACGUAUGCACAGAAUGUGGGCGCCAUUUUAGCUGGAAAUCAAACCUCAAGACCCACCAGAGGACACAUUCAGGCAUUAAACCUUAUAUGUGCCUCGAGUGUGGGCAGUGCUUUAGCCUGAAGUCAAACCUCAGCAAACACCAGACGUCACACACGGGGGAGAAGCCAUUUGUGUGCAGGGAAUGUGGGCGAGGCUUUACCCGGAAAUCAACCCUUAUCACGCACCAGAGGACACACUCAGGAGAAAAGCCAUUUGUAUGCAAGGAGUGUGGGCGAGGCUUUAAUGAUAAGUCAACCCUCAUCUCACACCAGAGAACACAUUCAGGGGAAAAGCCUUUAACAUGCAGGGAGUGUGGUAAAAGAUUUAGCCAGAAGCCAAAUCUCUUUAGGCACAGGAGGGCACACUCAGGUAGCAUACCUUUUGUGUGCGGGGAGUGUGGGCAAGGCUUUUGUGAUAAAUUGACUCUCAUCACCCACCAGAAGGCACACGCAGGGGGGAAGCCUCAUGUGUGCAGGGAGUGUGGGCAAGGCUUUAGCCAGCAGUCACACCUUGCAAGACAUCAGAGGAUACAUUCGGGAGAGAAGCCUUAUAUUUGUAGGAAGUGUGGGCGAUGCUUUAGUCGGAAAUCAAACCUCAUCAGACAUCAGAGGACACAUUCAGGAUAGAAACCUUGUAUGUAGGAGUGUAGUGAAAUCUUUAGCCAAAACUCAUACUUCUUGAGAUACCAGAAGUCACACCUAGGGCUUUAGUGUGGCUUUAGUAAUAAGUCGGGCAUUGCCAGACACCAAAGUGGAGACAUCUUAUGUGUGAUGGGAAUGUUCAUGAGCCCAAUGGUUAAGCCCAAUGGUUAAGAAUGUUCAUAAGCCCAAUCUCUAGUCCCCGUGAAGGAGAGCUGCCAGCACAUUUUCAGAGCUCUGACAUUCUCUAGUAGGGAUGGUGGGUUAUGGAAGAUCUGUCAGGUAAUGUGAUAGAGGGGGUACUUCCAAGUAGGUUGAAAUUAGGGAAUGGAGGCUUUUCUAAUGUCGUUUCCCAAGAAUACUUGAACACUCUUUAUACAGUAACCUUGAUGUUGGAGAAACAGCAACACUAGAGCUCAUCUCUUAAAGUCUGUCUUAACCUUCUGAGAACAAGAGACUUGGCAGAAAUCAUGGCUGAUUUAAUCUUGGUUUCCCAGAGAAUGAGCCAGCAGAGUCCGCUUCAGGGGAGAGUUUGGGAAAUGGUGAAUUAUUUCCUGAGGCCUUCUCUGGUUUCCAGGUUGAAUUCAUACCAAAAAUAGUUUUAUUUACUGGCAUAUUUAGACUAGAAAUGUGUUCUGUGCUUUCAUGAAGAAAACACACUCACAUAUACAGAAAUAGAAAGUGAAAUUACUUUCCAUUCUUUGAAUUACCAUACUACAUCCCACAGGUAAUUCUUUGGUUUAAAUCUUUCCAGCCAUUGUAAAAUACAUGACUUUUCUGGUUGGGAAUACUCUCUUUUUGAGAAGGGCGGUGUUGCAUAGAUUCACUUAUAAUUCUGAGCCAGGGCCCAAUUUUUUUUUCAUGGAACUUGACUAAAUGAUUCUGAGUUUUAUUUGGAAAGCAAAAUUUUGAGAAAUGGCAGGAUAAUAUAAGAACUGUAUAGUAACAUGUCUUUUUCAUCUGUGGACAGAUAUCUAGAAUAGAACUGCAUAAAAAAUAGAAAAACUCACUUUUAUAUGAGUAUUUAGAAAGUGAGGAAGCAGGAUUUCAAGUUAUUAUGAAAAUAGCAAGUACAAGAUUCAGUAUUUGAGUCAUUGGCUCUCAACUGAGGGAAAAAAUAAACAUAGGUCUCAGAACGUCUUGAUAACCAAAGUUAGAGUUAGGAAAGAUAGAGCUCAGAUAAUAUGAGGUGCAGAGGUCUUUUUAAUGUAAUUUAAUUUUUUCUGGGGCUUGAACUCACGACCCUGAGAUUAAGAGUCACAUGCUCUACUGACUGAGCCAGCCAGGCACCCCAAGGUGUAGGAGUCUUAAUUUUUGUUCAAAAUCUAAGUUUAAGUGGAGUGAUCAGAACCUGGUGAAGAAUUAUGAAACAUUAUCCUAGAUGGAGCCGCUGGUGUAGCUUGCCCUCCUCUUUCCUUCCCUGGGAUAAAUCCUGGCCUGCUGUCAUUUCUCCUUCUCAAUAGAAAAAUACUUUUAGAGUUUUAAUCUCUUUGUAUCCUAGAAUUGAAUUAUUCUUUUUCAUAAAAUGAUGUCACAAAAAUAAGGAUUCCCACAGUAAACAUGUAUCUUUUACAUUUUUAAAA